AUGUUAAGCGCCACCGCCGAUAAUCCGGCUCAGCCAUAUGCUGGCAUACCCCGAGCUUUGAUCACACCCGUCUUUCGAAUGGCCUGCCGUCUUCGUUUUAAAAAUCCCGAUGUUGAAACACUUUUGAAUUAUGUCAACACGCGGUUAGACAACACGGUCAUUUCAGCUCUCAUUGAAGCUGCUCUUCGACUGCUACCGCCCGAGAGCACCCCCGAAGGGAAAGCAAAGGCGAUAGAAAGAAUGCAGCAAAAGCAAGAGUGGGCGUUACUUCACGAAGUAUCUUUCAUCGACCAAGUGAGAGGAUUCGGCCAUCAAUUUUUGACGGAGAGUGAACAAAAGCAAAAACAACUAUGUCCAACGCCUGAUAUUCGAUUUCAUGAGCCAGUAUUGAUACAAGGGCACUUGUGCCACUGGAUCGAGUACAAAAGCUAUUUCGGCUUUAAAUCAAAUCCUUUCAUCACCUCGAAGGACAAAAAGCAAUUUAAGAGAUAUGCUUCUGAGCUUGGACCUGGCGCUGUUGUUUACAAGCUGGGCUAUGAAACUGAACACAUGACAGCGACUGAGAUUAAUUUCUUUCGCGAGGCGGAAGUGCUCCAUCUUCUUGGGAAAAUAGUCAGGGUUUAAAUCAAAAUGCGGGAGUAUACGAAGUUUUCGUUCUGAAAUUGUGUAUCUACCAGGAGGAGC